AUGAUGAAAACAGCGGGCGAGCAACGUCGAGGGUCGUUUAACCCGAAGGCCUGUGCGGCCGUGGCGCUGUGCCUCUGGGCUGUUCUGCUGCUAACAGGUGAACAAGUCCGGGCUGAAAAAAUGCGCGACGUGUCGCGUCACCGGGACGUCCCAGAAAAUCCCGAGGAGGCUGACUCGCUCCGCACCUGUGAGUCGCAAAAGCAGACCGAUGCUGCGCAUGCCCCGCCUCCCCUUGCGUUGUCGAAAGAAAACCUGAGCGCUACUCUAAAGUGCAGUGGAGACAGCAACAAAUUCGUUCCAGAAGGAGAAGGGACGAAAGUGUGCUCCGGAGACGGUGCCACCGACGUGAAAGCUUGCACAGCUGAAAAAUAUGUCGACCUGCAAGGCCUUCUUGGAACGACUGAACCUGUCAAGUGGACAAAAAAGGGGACGACGAAGGCACAGGAAGAAGUGUGGACACUGCAGCUCGAUGAAUCGCACCUACCCCUCUCCGACACAACCUUCUUCGUCGGCUGUCAAAACGGAGGCAAAGAGUCCAAAUGCAAACUGGAUAUAACUGUGCAAGCACGGGCAUCCUCCGUGGAAAGCAACGUUGCCAAGUGUGCAUACGGUCAACACAGCAAUCCUCAACCGCUUCUGGUCGAACUCACACCACAAAACAACACCCUCACUCUCGAGUGUGGAAAAGAUCACCCCAUCGAACCCAACAAUCAUACCACCUACUACUGUGAAGAUGAGAAGAUGAAGGCCUGCACGAAGACUUUCAAGGACAUUCUGCCCAACUUCGACGCCUCGUGGUGGUCGAAGACUGACGAGACCAACAACCACGUCAAGCUGGAAAUCCCUCCGACGGAGUUUCCGAGUGCCGACCAGCAGUUUUACAUUGGCUGCUCCGCCGAGUCAGUCGCAGAAAAGCCCUUCACGUCUCUCUCGAAGACAAAUGCCGCCCCACCGGCCAAACUGAGUCCAUCACCUUGCAGGGUGCAUGUGCUUGUCAAGGCGGGAAGUUCAUCUUUUGCGAAACUAAUUGUGCAAACAGCCGCAACUGUCACUGGUUCUGCUGUCCUGGUUGGGCUGCUUCCCUGGAUUGUGUAA